AUGCUUGAGUCUGAGCUUGAGUCUUCAAUUCGAUCUACAAUAGUUCUGCUAGAUGUAGAUUUACCAAUUUUAACCGGUGAAGAAUGGCAAUUAGUCAAGGAGUUAGGCAGGAUAUUACGUCCUUUUGAGAGAACCACACGUGUAGUAAGUGGCGAACUUUACAUGUCAGCUUCAAUAAUUAUAGUUUUAACAAAUGGGUUACUAAAUUUUUGCGAGAAACUAUUAAAAAAUAUUGAACUCUUAGAUCUAUCUAAAACUAUUGUAAAAAAAUUACACGAUAGUCUACAAGAACGCAACAACAAUAUAGGGUAUACUAACACAUUAGCUCUAUGCGUGUUUUUAGAUCCGCAUUUUAAAAUGUAUCCCUUUAAAAAUGCAGACGCAGCUGAAAACAGUAGAAAAGGUAUUAUUGCAUCACUAAGUGUAAUAAUUGCCAAGGAAAAACCUAAUCCAGAACCAGAAAAAAUCAGUCAGCAGCACCCUCCACGGCUUCUACGGAAUUGGAUCUAUCAGUUUGGUCUUCUUUUGAUAGUCUGGUUAGUGGCAAACAAAAAAGACAUUAAACGCAUCUUCAAGGGCACUUAUGGAAUUCCAAAGAUAUAUGGAAGAAGACAUAUUGGAAAGACAACAGGAUCCCAUGGUAUGGUGGCGGCAAAACUCAUAUAA